UCUUGCCGUUAAUCACUCGAUCGCCUUCACUUCCGGGUAGCACAAAGAACUGUCUGCGUCUUUGACUGUCGAAUCUUUUUAAAUUUUACAGUUUUCUGGCUAAUCAGGAUGUCUCAGUCCAACGAUCCCUCCUCCCCAGCCCAGGCGGCGUCAGAGGCCAUGUCCGCCGACUCUCCGAAGGACGCGGCCGCCCAGAAACAAGACUUGGUACCUUGUAGUAAAGCCGGUGUACCGAUGGAGGUGCUGGCCAAGUUGCAAUCCAACUUUGAAGACGAACCCAAAAAUAGGCUGGCACAGAACGUGGCGACCUCCAAUGACCUCCUGUCGGUGUGCCUGAAUCGGAAGGUCACCAGUCAGAUCAAUCACGUCUUCCAACACAAGAUCCCAACAGAGGGGAAGCCAAUGACCAAUCAGAAGAGCUCUGGCAGAUGUUGGAUCUUUGCGUGUCUGAAUGUAAUGCGUGUUCCCUUCAUCAAGAAGUUUGAACUGGACGACUUUGAGUUCAGCCAAAACCACCUUUUCUUCUGGGACAAGAUUGAGCGAGCAAACUACUUCCUGAAUGCUUACGAGGAGUGUGCAAAGCGGAAAGAGCCCGUAGACGGUCGUCUCUUCCAAUUCCUCCUUGCCACGCCCAACCCCAUGAACGACGGCGGCCAGUGGGACAUGCUGAUCAACCUCAUCAACAAACAUGGCGUCAUGCCAAAGAAAUGCUUCCCAGAGUCCUUCAGUGCCACAGCGUCUAGGAGACUGAACCAAACCUUGAACUACAAGCUCAGGUCCUUUGCAGUGCAGCUGGCCAGCCUGGUGGAGAAAGGCGCAUCACAGGACGAACUUGACCGUGAGAAGGUCAGGAUGAUGGACGAGGUGUACAGGGUGACCAGCAUCAGCCUUGGAAGUCCUCCUGAAACCUUCACCUGGGAGUACUAUGACAAGAGCAAGAACUACAAGAAGAUUGGGCCCAUCUCCCCCAGACAGUUCUACCAUGAGCAUGUCAAGCCACUCUACAACAUGGACGACAAGAUCUGCCUGGUAAAUGACUGCCGUCCUGCCAACCCCUUCAGUAAGCUGUACACAGUGGAGUUCCUGGGAAACAUGCACGAGGGCCGGAAGGUCCUGUACAACAACCAGCCAAUCAGUGUGCUGAAGAAGGCCACGGCAGAGUCCAUCAAGGCGGGGGAGGCUAUCUGGUUUGGCUGCGAUGUUGGACAACACUUUGAUCGCAAACUGGGUGCCAUGAACCUUGAAUCGCACGACUUUGAGUUAACACUUGGGGUAUCCAGGAAAACGAUGGAUAAGGCGCAGAGGGUGAUAUUUGGUGAAUCUCUCAUGACCCAUGCAAUGGUCAUCACAGCUUUUACUCAGGGUGAUGAUGAGAAGUACGUGAAGUGGAGGGUGGAGAACUCCUGGGGAGAGGAGGGAGGAGACAAAGGCUACCUCAUCAUGACUGAUGACUGGUUCACAGAGUACGUGUUCGAGGUGGUCGUCGACAAAAAGUUCGUCUCGGAGGAAGUCAUGACUGUGUUCAAGCAGGAACCUGUUGUCCUUCCAGCAUGGGACCCCAUGGGGUCUCUAGCCAACAGCUGCUCAGCAAAGUCUCACCUUUGAGGGGUCACAGGCUCCCGGAUGGUUGCUUGGCUACCUUCAAUCUACCUUUAAAUGGUAGCUUUUACCUUUAGUCAAUAGAUAGUUCAUCGAAUUUGCUCACUUUUUGAAAUGAUAUUUCCAUCUUGACCUCUAUAGUGCACAUAAUUACACUGCUACCUCCUGUAAGCACAAUAAUAGUCUAAAAACAGAUGGAAACUUGAAGUAUGAAAUUUGUGUUGUACAUGUAUGUCAAUUUCUGAUGUAAUCUUUCACAUGGGUAGCUCGAGAUGUUUACUUGCUGAGACCUUUAUUCUUCUUGACUAAGACCCAGGCUCAAGUCUGGGGUGAUCUGCACAACAUGGGUAAUCCUGACAAAAGUCUUUUCUUUAACGUUAUACUUAUCAACAUAUCUUUAUACAUAACUUGUUGACAAACAAAACUGGUGACUAUGAAAUUUGUUCUCUCCACAUAACUGAGACUCAUUUUUACAGUCUGUGUGACAUAAUUAAUCCAUCAACGAUCUUUUAUUGUCAAAAGCACAUUCAAAUCAGAACAAGGUUGCAGCAGUGGUAAAGUAAUGCGACCAAUGCACAGCAAAACACUACCAUUUCCACAUUGUAUGACCACUGACUUUUAAAAGUUUUACACCUUGCAGAGCUUAUAACUCGCAAUGGGCUAUUAAAGAGGAUCGGAAUUCUGCA